AUGGAAGAUAAUUCAUUUUUAAAAUUAAGUAAAAAGAUUGAAAAAAUUUUGGAAAAAAAUGAUUACUUAAAAAAAAAGGUAGAACAAUUAACAAAAUCAGUUGAUAAUCAUGAAUUUAAAAUUCAAGAAUUAUUAUUAUUAUUAAGAAAAAAUAAUAUUCACCCAACAACAACAACAACAACAACAACAACAACAAACAAUAAUUCAACAUGUGUUGGAAUUUCAAAUUCACCACCUUUAAGUCCAAGAACAUCAACUGAUUCAAUGACAAAUAGUAAUAACUCAUCAGCCACAUCAUCAACUACACCAUCACCUACUCAAACAUCUACUAUCACCACAACUUCACAAAUUGAUCCAAAUAGUUUAACCAAUUCAAAUAAUUCAUUUAUACCAAUUAAUUCACCAAUAUCACAAACAACUGUAAAUAAUAAUAAUAAUAAUAAUAAUAAUAAUAAUAAUAAUAAUAAUAAUAAUAAUAAUAAUAAUAAUAAUAAUAAUAAUAAUAAUUUAAAUAAUCAAACAAUUACAUCACCAUUAUCAACAUCAUCUUCAAAUUCAAAUUCAAAUUCAAAUUCAUCAUCACCAAUUGUUUCACCAGUAUCAUCACCACAAUUAAGUGGUAGUGGUAAUAGACCAAGAAUUCAAUUUUUAGGAAAUGGUAGAAUGCCAUCAACUGGCAAUUUAUUUAAAAAAGAGGAUUCAUCAGAUUCAUUAUUAAAAUAUUCAAAAGAUUCUGAACAUUUGUAUAUUGUACCAACCACACCAAGACCUUCAAAAUCGCCAUCAAUGGAUUUCAUAGCCUCUACAUCAUUAAUUAAUACAGUUUCAUCAAAUAAUACUGAUAGUACAAAUAAUGAUAAUAGUUCUAUAUUAAAUGACCAACAAAAUCAACAACAAAACCAACAACAACAAAACCAACAACAACAACAAGAAGAAAUUAAUUUUAUAACAACUGAAGAUAAAUUGCCAAAUUUACCAGAUUCAAAUUGUCAAUGGGCAAUAAUUUGGGAAUAUUCAGCAAAUGAUGAUGAAUGGACAAAAGCAUUGAUUAUAGUUGAAAUUGAUGCUAAACCAUUUGCAAAAGGUGCACUUAGAAAUGCAUAUCAAUUGAAAAUUCGAUCUAAUGCAAUGCAAUGUUUUAAUCAUUUCGCAACACCAAUUCAUGAGAAAUAUAUGGAAGGAAAGAAAUUAAAUUUAUCACAAAUUCCAAAACUAAAUCAAAAUUUAAGUUUAGAUACAUUAUAUGUUGCAAAAGAUUCAAAAACAUCUGUUAAUUUCAAUAGAUAUUUUGAAGAUGUUAAAAUGCAAAUGGUUUGUAAAUCCUAUGGCGAACGAUACAAUAGUAAUCAUCCACCAAAGAAAAUUGAGUUCCUUUCGGCAUGGGUAAUCGAAAUUCAAGGUACAACAAAUUAUAGAGUUGGUAAUCGUAAUAGUUCAAAUAACACUCUAUACGGUCUUGAAUUAUUUAUGAAGGGUGAAUUUAAGAAACAAAAUUCAAAUUUUGGUACUGUUUUCACAGAGAGAAAUACACCACAAUCAUUCAGUCAUUUCACUUAUGAAUGCACAACACAUGAAAUGGUGGUGGUUGAUAUACAGGGAGUUGAUGAUAUUUACACAGACCCACAAGUUCACACUAAAGACGGUAAAGGAUAUGGUGAGGGAAAUUUAGGUCAAAAAGGUAUUGAAAAGUUUUUAAUCUCUCAUAAAUGUUCACCAAUCUGUCUUCAAUUCGGGUUGCCCCCAAUUGGCUUAGAAACAGGUCGUAAUGCUCAUAGAGUAAUUAGAGGUACAAUGCUAUUACCAGAUUUAACACCUGACCUAUACGAACCAGAAUAUCCAUUAAUUGAAAAUCAACCAUCCAAUCCAUUAAACUCUGAACUAACAUCAAUCGUUCAUUUAUCAGGUCACGAUGAAAGAGUUUGUUCACUAUUAAUCAAUCAAGAUAAAACUAAACUUUAUUCAGCAUCUGCUGAUGGUUACGUUAAAAUUUGGAAUUUAACAAAUAAUGAAGAUUUAUCAAAGAUUCAAAUGAUUGAUAGUUUUAGAGCUCAUCGUAGAUCAAUUGAAAAAAUGUUAUUAAAUGAAAAAUAUUUAUUCACAGCCUCUUCAGAUGGUACUAUUAAAAUUUGGUCGUUACCAACUACAACAACAACCACAACAACAUCAAAGCAAUCAUCAUCAUCAUCAUCAUCAUCAUAUGAAUGUAUUGGUAAAUUGGAAGAUCAUACAGCAGAAGUUAAUGAUAUGUGUAUUGAUAUUGAAAAUAACUUUUUAGUAAGUUGUUCAUUUGAUAAACAAAUUAAAAUUUAUGAUUUAUCAACAUUUAAAUGUAUAAAAUCAUUAAAUGCACAUGGCAAAUCAAUUAAAUCAAUUUAUAUGUCUGGUAAAUAUUUAUUUAGUUCUUCAAAUGAUCAAUCUAUUAAAAUUUGGGAUCUUGAAAUGUGUAUGUGUGUUUAUGGUAUGAAUGAUGCACAUGAUGCACCAAUUACAUCAUUACGUAUGUUUGGUAAUAGAUUAUUCUCUGCUAGUAAAGAUGGUGAAAUUAAAGAUUGGAAUCUCUCAACUUUUCAACCAACCACAACCUUGGAUCAACAUAAUAUGGCAAUCACUGAUAUUUUAGUCACAUCAAAUGGCUAUUUAUUCGUUUCAUCAGAUGAUUCAACAAUUAGAAUCAUUGAUAUUUCAAAUCAAAAUGAACCAAUUAAAAUAAUUUCUUCAACAAAAGCUCAUCGUUCUGGUGUUAAUUCUUUAGCAACUGAUGGUAAAAGAAUUUUUAGUGGUGGUUGUGAUAAUUUAAUUAAAGUUUGGAAUUGGAAAAAUAAAUAA